GAAUUUUUCAGUAAGGAAGCGGUUAGCAUAAAAGCAUCCUUUAAACAUUUCUCCUCACCUGCUUCAUGUCACAUCCCUCACUAGUGACCUAAGCUAGUAGGAUUUAAUGAUUUCUUGGUGAACAAGCUCAUGCAGAAAUGUAUACAUACUAGCAAAGAAACGAUCAUUUCUAAAAUGUUAUCUGUUUUCACCUUCCAGGCUGUAUUGUGUGCACUUAUUAUUCUUGGAGCUGGUGGUGAUGUGACAACGAUAAAUGGGAAUGAAUGCGACUAUGUUAUUUUUGACCCUGGCUAUGUCCAGUUGGAGCAUCCUUCUCAGAUCAGAUGGUACAAGGGAGGCACGCUCUUAAAGCAGGGGACACAUGGCAGCACUGGGUACGGCCAGUGGCUUCGUGUCUUUCGUAACGGGACACUGGGGCUCCGCGUUGUUGGGAAGGAGGAUGCAGGACAGUACACAGCUAAGGUCUGCACCAGCUCCCAGCGCUGCGUUCACCAAAGGACAUUUCAGUUACAUGUACAUGGAUACCUUGUCAGAGGGGUUGUAGGUGACUGCGUUGCUUUUCCCCUGGCCUGCCUGCGGUCAGCUGGGUACAUCCAUGCCAUCUGGAAGAAAGACGGACAGCGAGUGGCUCAGAUCAGAAGGAAAUCGGUGAACGCCUUAGAUGUCUACUGCAUGAGGGCCCAUGUGUUCUCCAACGGCAGCCUAAGUCUUUGCCCCACGGAAUGGAGAGAUCAGGGAGAGUAUGUAGCAGAAGUGUAUCAUCAGGAUGGCUUGCAUUUGCAUCAGAUUUUUCACCUGGAACUGAAGAAAGUGGAAAUACUUCAAGAUAUCACAGAAUUUAUGGGUGGAUCCAUAUUCCUGAAUCUAACAGAGAUGAUGCCGGAACACUUCUUCCAGGUAGUCUGGAAAAAGGAAAACACGGAAGUGGCUUGGACAAAUGGCUCUUGGUUUUGGUACCAUGGAGAAUACAUUAACAGGUCUGAGAUUGUGUCUAGUCACAGCCUGAGACUAGACAAGAUUGAGACAAGUGACCGUGGCAGGUAUUCUAUAGAAGUGAAAGACAGAGAUGGCAGAGUUGUGUACGAAGGCAUCACUAAUGUGAAUGUUGAGCAAAAGGACACACUUGGAAGAAAUCCUUCUCUUUAUGUUCUCAUAGCAUCGGCAGCUGUUAUAGUUACUAUUUUAUUGGUUGCACUGAUAAGGGGUUUUCAGAAGCCCGGGCACAGGACAGCAGUGCCAGUCCUACAGCAUUCAAGCUUGAGACUAAGAGAUGAUAGAGACUAUCCUGAGCAACAAGAACGGUCUGAAAAUGCUGAAGAAAGACCCAAGUUGCCAAAGCUGAAAGGCAGGAAAGCUGCAGAGCCUCGUACUUCAGUUCACGAAGUGUGUGGCGUCCCCAGCGUUGAGAACAGCAUCCGUCCAGCAUUUGAGGACUGCAUUCCACCCGAUGUUGAUUAUCCCGCUCCCCCGGUGAUUGACAGUGCUCCUGCAGAAUCUGAGGAGUUCCCUCUUCCAGGGUUUGAGGACUCGAAAGACAAAGACUGUGCUGUUAAGGACAAUGCAUACCAUGCAUCUUCAAGGUGCAAAGCAUCCUGGAAAUGCAGUGAAAGAAGCAAACCCACUGUGUAUGCUUCGAUCAGAACAGGGUACGCAGAGGACAAGCCUGGAGAUUUGGAAUUGAGUUCUUACUAUCAGAUUUGCCAGGAAACAUGUUAACAGUAUUAGACUGAGGUUUGGAUUCUUCCCUUCUCUCAGCUGGCUUUGAGCUAACAUUGCAGUUCUGCUGUUGCUCAGAUGAAUCUGCUGCUUCACAUGCUUAGAAGAAUUGGUAGAAGCCUGAAGAGAAGUGUCUCUGGGGAUUAGCUUGUUUUCCAGUGAUAAGCCCUUCUCUACCCUUUGUGCUUCGGAAGGUCUUCCAGGAGGACCCCUUAGAAACUCCUUGGAGAAGAGGCAUGGUAACUAACUGUGAGAGGAGUUGAGCUGAGCCUCUGCCUCUUUGCUUCUGUUAAAAGGCCCCACUGAAGAAAAGCAGGACCUUGGGGAUGUCCGAAGGCCAUGUCAGGCCCAGACCUCAGUCCCCAUUUGUUGUGUGGUCCAUGCACCUGUGUAAAUGCACAGGGAAGAGGAUGAACACCCUAACAGCUUGUUGGACGUGGGCAGCUUGCCAAGCCUUCAUCUGAUGUAUGAUGGUACGAAAGGUGCAGUGUAACUCAGUAGACUUGGAUGUGAUUUCACUGUAGUGUUUGCUAGACAGCACAUUAAGGAACUUUUUAUUUAUUUUUUUUUUUUUAGGAGGAAAAAAGAAAUGCAGAGAAACCAGAACAUUGCUAGCAAAGGGGUAUAGCCAUAUCUGUAAUUAACAAGGCUGUUCAUUAACGGCAAUUAGAUGUGCUUUCUUCAAUACCUGUAUUAAAUUGAAUCUCAAAUGGCGUGUAGUAAUUUUUGUGAAUGUUUUUUGUAUUACAGCUGUAAGGUGCUGCUUGUAGGUUUCAUGAAAUAUCUUUCCUUAUGGAAUGCCGAAUAAAAGUAUUUUCUCUUAUAACUGAA